CGCGAUUGUCGAUUGCCAAGACCAACCGAAGCAUCAACGAGGCUUGGCCUUAGACUGCGAAAAGGGGGGAAGCUCAUGGAUAUGACGUCGAAGGGCCGCCACAAUGUUGACAAACAAGCUUUUGAGUAGGGGACCAGGCCGACGCAAGCCAGGUGAUCUUCAGAGUGCCGGAAUGCCGUGGUGGAUCUGGAAGCAGUAUAAGACGAUGCCAUGAUUCCAGAGGGAGUGAUAAUUGCCACCUCUAUCCGUCUUCUAUACUAAGGUACCUCAUUAAGUGAUAGAUCCAUACUACUACUACUACCACCACCACCUCGUCUCUUCACCUUGUUCAAACAAUCAGCCUACUACUCCAUCAUGAACAACAAGAACGACUCCGGCAUCACAGGCGCAGGCAAGGUCGUCACCUCGACCCUCGGCAACACCGUCGGUGGCCUGGCCAACACGGUGGGCGGUGUCUUGGGCGCUGCGUCGCGCGGUAUCGGCGAGACGGUCAACGGUGCGACAGGCGGAAUGGGCAAGCCCCUCGGCGACGGCAUUGCAAACAUCGGCACCGGCGUUGAGGGCGGCGUCGCCUCGGUUGCCCAGGGAGUCAAGGAUGCCGGCGAGUGGAAGACAAAUCCGAAAUAGAUGAGUUUCUGGGUGGAAGGGGGCGACAAUCAGGGGCCAAUACACGGAUGGAAAGGAGUCACGGUUUCAUUUUGGAUCGGAGCGAGUACACAUUGGAUCAGUCUCAACUGGGAACUUCGGCGCUCUGCUGCUGAGAAGCACACGGGUUGACAGCGACUCGAGGGAACAAUCUUUCUAGGACCUAGGAUAGGUUCAAUAUCAUGUGGGGU